UUCUGCCUCUUCUGCCUCUUCUGCCUCUUCUGCCUCUUCUGCCUCUUCUGCCUCUUCUGUUCCGCCUCCUCCGCCUCUUCCGCCUCUUCUGCCUCUUCCACCUCCUCCACCUCCACCUUUUCUGCCUCUUCCACCUGUUCCACCUCUCCUCCUCUUUCACUAUCUAUCUCCAACUUCAACUUCUGCAUUGAUUGCAGACUACGAUUCAACUUACCAUCACUUUUAACGAUCAUCUACGAUCAUCUACGAUCAAACGACUCUGAAGAUAUACGACUCUGAAGAUAUACGACUCUGAAGAUAUACGACCUAAUUUAACGUGUCACGGUCUGAUUUGCGCCUUCAUCGAUAACUUAGUCCUCAUAUCUGCUGUCGCUAAUAACAAAGUACAACGAAUCCCACAAACACCUCGUUCUGCCCCUCAAAAUCCGAGACGCUUACCCUCAUCUCACCCCAGAUCCCUGCGACAAGACCACAACUUUCCACACGAAAACACACCACCUUCUCAUACCCGUGGCACACGACUUACCACGCUCUCCUCACCACCUACCUUCCUCGGAGCGAUAGAUUCAUAGGAAAAGGGACUUCAUUCCCAAGGGAUCUGCAGCCAUGGAUGAUACCGAGCCCGUCGCCGGAGCGCUGCCUGGCGCGGACAGAGCCCAGAUUGACAAUGCCAUCCGCGCACUGAGCGAGAAGAAGCCCAUCCCGGAAAUUGACUUCACACUGCACACCAUGGAGGACGGGAGCCAGGUCAGCACCCUAGAGAGAGUCUGCAAAGACGUCCAAGCACCCGCGAUGCGCCCGCCGACCGACGACCAAUUCUUCUCCAAGGAGGACCCCGCGAAGCCGGAUCUGGCUUUCCUGAAGCAGCACUUUUACAGAGAGGGACGCCUUACGGAGGAGCAGGCCCUGUAUAUUAUCAAUGAGGGAACCAAGGUCCUCUCGAAGGAGCCCAAUCUCCUCGAGAUGGAUGCGCCGAUUACCGUCUGCGGUGAUGUCCACGGCCAAUACUACGACUUAAUGAAGCUGUUCGAGGUUGGCGGAGACCCUUCGGACACCAGAUACCUGUUCCUCGGUGACUACGUCGAUCGCGGCAACUUCAGUAUAGAGUGCGUUCUGUACCUCUGGUCGCUGAAGAUCUGGUACCCCAACACCUUGUGGCUCCUGCGCGGAAACCACGAGUGCAGACAUUUGACCGAUUACUUCACCUUCAAGCUCGAGUGCAAGCACAAGUACUCCGAGAACCUAUACGAGGCCUGCAUGGACUCUUUCUGCGCCCUGCCCCUGGCUGCGGUCAUGAACAAGCAGUUCCUCUGUAUUCACGGUGGACUGAGCCCCGAAUUACAUACCCUCGAUGACCUCAAGAGUAUCGAUCGUUUCCGCGAGCCCCCGACUCAAGGCCUGAUGUGCGACAUUCUCUGGGCGGAUCCCCUCGAGGAGUUCGGCCAAGAGAAGACCUCUGAAUACUUCAUCCACAACCACGUUCGCGGAUGCUCCUACUUCUUCUCAUACCCCGCCGCCUGCAACUUCCUCGAGAAGAACAACCUCCUCUCCAUCAUCCGCGCGCACGAAGCCCAAGACGCCGGAUACCGCAUGUACCGCAAGACGCGCACGACCGGCUUCCCCUCGGUGAUGACCAUCUUCUCCGCGCCCAACUACCUCGACGUCUACAACAACAAGGCCGCGGUCCUCAAGUACGAGAACAACGUCAUGAACAUCCGCCAGUUCAACUGCACCCCGCACCCCUACUGGCUCCCCAACUUCAUGGACGUCUUCACCUGGUCCCUCCCCUUCGUCGGCGAGAAAAUCACAGACAUGCUCAUCGCUAUCCUCAGCACCUGCUCCGAAGACGAACUCAAGGAAGAAUCAUCCGCCUCCACCCCCCCCCCCAUCUCCUCCCCCACCUCCGAAGGCGGCACCGUGGCCGUCUCCACCCCCCUCCCCCCCACAGACCCAGAGAGCAUCGAAUACAAGCGCCGCGCCAUCAAGAACAAGAUCCUCGCCAUCGGCCGCCUCUCCCGCGUCUUCCAAGUCCUCCGCGAGGAAUCCGAGCGCGUCACCGAGCUCAAGACGGCCUCCGGCGGGCGUCUGCCGGCUGGUACGCUCAUGCUCGGCGCCGAGGGGAUCAAGAAUGCGAUUAAUAGCUUUGAGGACGCGAGGAAGGUGGAUAUCCAGAAUGAGCGCUUGCCGCCGAGCCAGGAGGAGGUGACGAGGCAGAGUAUUGAGGGGAGGGCGGCCGCGAUUGAUAGGGCGGUGCAUGAGGCGGAUAAUGAUACGGCGUUGCAAACGCUGUCGAGGAGGUUGAGCACGGACCGUAAGCGCAGAAGCGGAUAGAUGCGUGAAGGGAACGGAGGAGCGUCUUAUCUCCCAUCCCUCAUCCUGAUAGUGUGAGGGAUGGCGACUGUAGGAUUCUUUGCGGGUGGUUUGAGGGAGUGGUUGGGUUGGGAGAAGGGAGAGGGAGGGAGGUGUACGGGAGACAUGCAAAUGCAUAUGCAGCGAUACCACAUAUGUAGACGGGGAAAUGUGCAGUAUACAGACUACGAAACUAUUAUGCAAUAAUAGUUUCGUAGUCUGGUGGAUGGUGCUGAAUAGGGAGGGAUGGAUGGAUGGGGUGUUUAAUGCUAUAGUGGGCUGAAUAGGUAGUAAUCACCUUCCAUGCCCUUCCCCUUUUGUAUAUAUGGUAACUUGAAUUCGUACAUCGCGCCUGAGCCACCCCGGGCCGGGGAUUGGGACGUGGAUAUGCAGGUGUCGCUCGUUCAUACUUAGUGAGGGCGUAGAAAAGCCGUGGUAAAGGACAUACGUCAGUUGGGCAGGAGCUAUGGUAAAACAUUGGGAAGGUGCAAUGGCCAGAAGAUUGAAUAGAGCCGGGAAGGAGCUAUCAGCGGGAAGGGAUAGAUCUGGGAAGGAGCUAUUGUGAAAUAUCACCUAGUGGUGGAAGGUGCUUUCCUCUGGUCGCUCUUGCCACUUUUCGACACCCAUUCGACACCCAGCCCAUACAAUAUGCGACACGUUCCUCCACAUAGCCCCGUACAGGAUAGACGUGAACAUCAUCACAAAUGCCUUCUUCGCCAUGGUCGACCUACGAGGAUCCCCCGACAACGAUCUAGUAUGCGCCCUCAAGGCCGCCUUCCUCAAAGCAUACAACCCCCUCCAAGACCAGAUCCUCAGCAUCACAUCCAUCCACACCUCCGACCCAACCCCGCGCUUCAAAGGCAUCAUCCGCGCCCACGACAUCUCCACACGCCAUUCGCCUUCACUUGGAUCUGGUUUGUAAUUCGGAGCUGUUUGAUGAUCAUGUUGUGAGAAUGACGUCGGAUAUGCCGUCGACGAUGGCGCAUCAUAUCACUUAUUUGGGCAUGGCCAUGUUUCAGCGCGGGCUUUCCGAGAAGGAGGGGAAGGAUGCGAUGAACAAGUGCGAGGAGUUGCGUGAUGUAUUAAAGGAAAUUGUGCUCAAACACCCUCUUGCGGGGAGGAUUGUGAGGCAUGCUGACGUUAUCAAGAGUCUAGAGAGCUGCUUUGGAUGAGUGUGAGACUGAUAGUGGUGGCGAGGGAGUGUACUGAAUCGAUUACUCGUGGGCACCUUUCCUAGACGAGGCUACUUGUGCUGAUAGGGGCUUAGCGGGGAGUACUGGAUAUGUCAGUUGGAUGCACUGGAUCAAUAUUGGGCGUUGGGUAUUGGAAAGGCCU